AGAUAUUCACAAGUGCCUUCUCAAUCUGUAACAUAAAUAAAUGAUUUCUCAAACUUACUUUGUGCUUGAUGCAGAGUAAAAAUGGAAUAACCAGUUCAGUAGCCAUAAAAUUUACGCUAUGACCCUCCCUCGCACCCUCUAGAAGUCAGUCCAAUCUGGCGGCUAGAAGGAAGUUAGUCACCUUCUUUCUUUCUUUCUUUCUUUCUUUCACAGUUUCACCCAACGCCUCUAAACUCUAAAUCAUCCAUCAGUUAUCAACAUUCAAAAUCACUACCUUGCUUUGAGUUCUAAAUCGAAUGAAUUAUUGAUUUUGAUCCAAAGAUCUGGGUUGUAGGAUGCCGCUACCUUUUGUCUCAAAUAAGCAUCGCCAGGAGUCAACGACUUCUAACAUAGUGACCAUAGAUGUGGGUGGUCAGCUUUUCCAGACAACUAAAUCCACCCUUAACCAAGCAGGUUCGCAAUCCCUCUUCUCCAAAUUGGCCACUUCUGAUAUUCACACAAUCCCCUUUAUUGAUAGGGACCCUGAGCUUUUCUCAAUCCUGCUUUCCCUCCUCAGAACUGGAAAUCUUCCAUCAAAAGCCAAGGCCUUUGACAGCCAAGACUUGGUUUUCGAGUCCCAAUUCUAUGGCAUAGAGCAGCUCCUCAUCAAUUCCAUGUCAGACCCCCCAUCUGCCUUUGAUCUUGAAAAGUCAAUGGUUUUGCCUUUGAGUGGUAGAGAUUCACCUGCUUCACUCUCUACAACCCCCCAGCAUGGGUCAGUUCAUGUUGCCCAUGCUAGUAAACUCACCUCCUUCGAUUGGUCUUUGCAGAGAAAAUCUACCAUCCUUACUCAAUUCACUGCCAUUGAUUCCUUGUUGGCUUUGUCUCCAAAGAUUGUGGCAGCAGGUGCCACGGAUUUUCCGGGAUUGCAGAUCAUUGAUGUUGAUAAAGGAGGUUCUGUCAGGGAAACUUUGAACUGGAGGGAAAACGUCACCAGGUCGGAUUCAACAGUUCAGGCAAUUGGAUCAUCUAACCAGUAUUUGUUUACUAGCUUUGAGUCCAGCAGGCGAAACUCAAAUUGUAUUAUGGUAUAUGAUCUUCACAACAACUUUAAGCCUGUCAUUGAUAUUGGGCAUUAUGAAAUCUUUGGCGCUGAGCUAGAUUCAGGUAUUCCAGCUACAAAGUUGAGAUGGAUUUCCAGUCUCAAUUUGUUGAUGGCAUCUGGGUCGCACAGCGGGCCUGCUGGUGUGUCUGGGAACAUUAGAUUUUGGGAUUUGAGGUCCGGGGUUGCUGUUUGUGAAAUGAAGGAAAAAUUAGAUUGCUUUUCUGAUAUUACAGUCUCUGAUAGUCUGUGUGCAGUGUUUAAAGUUGGGGUGCUUUCGGGGGAGCUGUUCUAUACUGAUCUGAGGAAGAUUGGUGAUGGGGAGAAUAUGUGGGUUUGUCUUGGUGAUACAAGAAAGGUGAGCACUAAUAGUAGUAGUGGUAGGAAGGAAGGUGUUGGGAGUAAGAUUGAAAGCCAUGGAAAUCAAGUAUUCUGCAGUAAAGGAGGAAACUUAGAGCUGUGGUCACAAGUCUUGGUUGGGUUUAGUAAUGGCAGAGAUGGAUUGGAAGAUGAUAGGGUGUUCAGGAAGAACUCAAUGGGGAGAGCAAAUGAUAGUUGCAGUAAUAGAAUAACCCACUUGAGCUUUGGGGGAAACAAAAUGUUUGUAACUAGGAAGGACCAACAAUUUGUGGAGGUUUGGCACAACUCUGUAAUGUAAUGUAAUGUAAUAAUCUAAUGGGAUGGAUCCUAAACAUCUGCAGCAGCUGCUUUGAUUGCCUUGGUUGUGUGUUUGUGUUGCUACUUGCUAGUCUGUUGUAUACAUAAACAUGCUACACUCUGCAUAAUCAAUGUUACAUUGAAUAAAAUAUCACAUUAAUUUUUGUAGUUAUA